AUGGUCACAGCAUUUUUACGGUUUUGUUUGAGACUUGAACUUUUUGUUAAAAUAGAUAAAUUAUACUCUUAUGAUAAAAAGCUUCAUACUGAGAUGAUGAUCAAGAAAUCUAUUGAAUAUGCAAAAAUGAUAGAAGUUGAAAUGAAUGAAUUUUUAAAGAAAGGAAUAGGCUUUUCGUAUAUGUGA